AUGCACGAUGCUUCAGAGGACAAAGUGGUGAUCUCCUCGGAACAUUGCUGUGAAUUUUUAGAUGUGAAUGGAGGUGAGACGAUUGCAAAUCUGUGCAAAAGGAAGAACAACCUGAAGAAAAGAGUCCCAGGCAGGAUGUCUGUUGAAAAUCCUGUGUUUGGCUCUGAAGAUGCAGCAGGGUUCAUGAAAGCAGCCAGUGAAGGCAAACUGGAUGUAAUAGAAAGGUAUCUGUCUGAUGGUGGGGACCCUAAUGUCCACGAUGAGUUAAAGAGGACUGCACUACAUCGUGCCUCUUUAGAAGGCGAUACCGCUGUUGUCCAAAUGCUUCUGGAAAAAGGAGCUGAUAUCCACUUUGAAGAUCGACUGGGUUCCAGUGCCUUACACUGGGCCUGCAGAGGUGGAAGCCUGGAAGCUGUCAAAGCACUGAAGAGCCACGGGGCAGACCUGAAUGUUUGCGAUAAGUUGUGCAGCACUCCUCUUCACGUUGCCACGAGAACAGGCCACACGGACAUUGUGGACUUUCUGUUGUCCUGCGGUGCCAAAAUCAACUCUGCGGACAGGGAAGGUGACACAGCCUUGCACGACGCAAUACGGCUCAACAGAUACAAAAUAGUGAAGCUGCUUAUAGUCGCAGGAGCUGACACAGAAAUAAUCAAUAAUGAGGGUGUGACCGCAGUGCAACAGGUCAAACAGUGGCAGUUUGACACCAUGGAGACACUGCAGCAGCUGCAACGGCUCAGGGAGGAGCGACUGCUGUCAACCCAAAACUCCUCCGAGAAAGAUAACGCUUCAUAGAACACACUGGAGGCACAUAUAAUUCUGUGCAAAGGUUUCAGGUGCUUGUGAAACUAGAAAGGCAUUCACUGAGUGCAAUCCAGCACUCACUUUUCUAUGAUAUGCAUUUGUAGCCUUGU